GCACAGCAGUGACGACACACAAGGUUCCGGGGACUGAGCGGGUUUCAGGCUUUCAGGAUUUCUGCUGGCCACAGGUCCCGGGCAGGCGUCGGGACAGAGCCUGAUCCAGGCUUCGGCGGCCUGUGGCAGCUCUCGAUCAGCUCUCGAUCAGCUCUCGGAGUCGGAGAGGCGGCUAAGGAAAGGUGCCACAGCAGAGACGCGCAGGAGAGGCCCUGGAACCUUUUCAAAGAAGAAUGGAAGAAACCAUGAAGCUUGCUACAAUGGAAGACACAGUGGAGUACUGCCUGUUCCUGAUACCAGAUGAAUCAAGGGACUCAGAUAAACACGAAGAGGUUCUUCAGAAGUAUAUUGAGAGAAUAAUGACCCAGUUUGCACCUAUGCUGGUCCCCUACAUCUGGCAGAAUCAGCCUUUCAAUCUCAAAUAUAAACCUGGGAAAGGAAGUGUUCCUGCUCAUAUGUUUGGCGUGACAAAGUUUGGGGAUAAUAUUGAGGAUGAAUGGUUUAUUGUUUAUGUAAUAAAGCAGAUCACAAAGGAAUUUCCAGAGUUAGUAGCAAGGAUUGAAGACAAUGAUGGCGAAUUCUUGUUAAUAGAAGCUGCUGACUUUCUCCCUAAAUGGUUGGAUCCUGAUAAUAGCACCAAUAGGGUAUUUUUCCACCAUGGAGAAUUGUGUAUUAUUCCUGCACCAAGAAAACCUGGAGCAGAAUCUUGGUUACCCACCACACCUCCAACAAUUCCACAAGCAUUGAAUAUAAUCGCAGCACAUCCAGAAAAAAUACUUGCUUCAGAAUCUAUACGAGCUGCUGUGAGUAGGCGCAUCAGAGGGUACCCAGAAAAAAUUCAGGUCUCCCUUCAUCGAGCACACUGCUUCCUUCCAGCUGGCAUUGUGGCAGUGCUAAAGCAGCGCCCCAGAUUGGUGUCUGCAGCAGUCCAGGCAUUUUACCUACGAGACCCUAUUGACCUGCGAGCCUGUCGUGUUUUCAAGACAUUCUUGCCUGAAACACGAAUAAUGACAUCGGUCACAUUCACUAAAUGUCUAUAUGCACAGUUGGUGCAACAAAGGUUUGUGCCGGACCGGCGGAGUGGAUACAGGCUGCCCCCUCCAUCUGAUCCCCAGUACCGAGCCCAUGAAUUGGGCAUGAAAUUGGCUCAUGGAUUUGAGAUCUUAUGCUCCAAAUGUAGCCCACAUUUUUCUGAUUGCAAGAAAUCCCUUGUGACUGCCUCACCACUCUGGGCCAGUUUCCUUGCAAGUCUGAAAAAGAAUGAUUACUUUAAGGGACUGAUAGAAGGUUCUGUUCAGUACCGGGAAAGGCUAGAAAUGGCAGAGAAUUACUUCCAGCUCUCAGUAAACCGGCCAGAAAGUUCUCUUGCUAUGAGCCCUGGUGAAGAAAUCUUAACCUUAUUACAGACAAUACCAUUUGAUAUAGAAGACCUUAAGAAAGAAGCAGCUAAUCUUCCUCCAGAGGAUGAUGACCAGUGGUUAGAUCUCUCACCAGAUCAGCUGGACCAGCUGCUGCAGGAAGCUGCUGGCAAAAAAGAAUCAGAGUCUAUUUCCAAGGAGGAGAAGGAGCAGAACUAUGACUUAACUCAAGUCUCAGAGAGCAUGAAAGCUUUCAUAUCCAAAGUCUCAACCCACAAGGGAGCAGAGCUGCCUCGAGAACCUUCUGAAGCUCCAAUAACUUUUGAUGCAGAUUCUUUUCUUAAUUAUUUUGAUAAGAUUUUAGGGCCAAGGCCUCAUGAGUCAGAUUCUGAUGAUCUGGAUGAGGAAGAAUUUGAAUGUUUAGAUAGUGAUGAUGACUUGGACUUCGAAACACACGAACCUGGCGAAGAGGCUUCUCUGAAAGGAACUCUUGAUAAUCUCAAGUCAUAUAUGGCCCAGAUGGACCAGGAACUAGCACACACCUGCAUCGGCAAAAGUUUCACCACUAGAAAGCAAGUGGAACCUGUAUCCCAGACUACUGACAACAAUUCAGAUCAGGAAGAUUCUGAUACAGGAGAAUCUGUUAUGGCACCAGUAGAUGUGGACCUGAACCUGGUUUCAAAUAUAUUGGAAUCCUAUAGCUCCCAAGCUGGACUGGCAGGACCCGCUUCCAAUCUUUUACAAAGCAUGGGAGUGCAGCUGCCUGACAACACCGAUCACAGACCAACAAGAAUCAGCACAAAGGAGGAAACCAAAUGUUCACGUUCAACGGCUUCCGUUCCCCAGAGGGACCAUUGCAGCUUCUGCCACACUUCCCAGAAUCCUCGUAGAGAUGCACUCUGGGACUUGUAGUUCAGUUACCAGGCAUGCCGCCG